AUGUAUUAUUUGGGAAAUACAAUAUUUACUUUGCUGACAACGUUGUAUUGUUUUGGUUUCGUAUGUCAAACUAGCGAAAUGCCGCCAACUUUAUCGAACAACCGUGGUAUUUUGAAACCAAUAAAGAAAAGUCCUUCUGAUCAGAUACGACAGUUGGCCUCAGAUUUAUUGCAGAAGUCAGGUAGAUUUUCUGAUGAUAUUAUUGAAAAUCUGAUUCAAGAAUUACCUCACAAAUGGGAACGUCAUGGCGAUUUGAUAAUGAUUCCACAACGUUCACUUAGAGACGCAAAUUGGAAGAUAUUCGAGAAAGAAGUUUUUCAAAUUAUCUGUGAAACUCUCAAAAUUACUAGAAUAGCGAGGAAGAACCCUGUCAAACCAGAUAGUUAUAGAAGCUCUAAUGUAGAAUUGCUAUGGGGAAAUAAUGGAAUUGUGCAUCAUGUGGAUAAUAAGAUAAGGUACCAAUGGGACAUAACUAAGUGCAUGUUCAGCAUUGGAAACAUCACAGAAAAGCUGCGAAUAGCAAGGUUUGAUUGUUCCAAUGAAGUUGUAGUCGACUUAUUUGCUGGUAUAGGAUACUUUACACUUCCAUAUUUGAUUCACGCAAAAGCCAAACAUGUUUAUGCUUGUGAAAUGAAUCCUGAUUCAGUAGAAGCACUGAAAUUGAAUUUGAAAAGCAAUGGUGUUGAUGACAGAUGUACCAUCCAUUUUGGCGAUAACAGAAUCACUGCACCUAAUAAUGUAGCAGACCGAGUGAAUCUAGGAUUGAUCCCUAGUUCGGAACUAAGCUGGGAAGUAGCGUGCCUUGCAUUAAAGAACGACAUCGGAGGAGUAUUGCAUAUCCACGCUAACAUAGAUUCAAAAACUCCAAAAACUGAACAAAACCACAGGAAUAAUAAACCCCAAUUCAAGUAUGCUGAAUGGGAGUUAUGGACCAACCAUACAGUAUCCGCUAUCGAACAAAUUUUGCUCCGUGUAAAAUCGUGCAAAUGGAAAGUUGCUGUUCUUCACCUAGAGCAUGUUAAAUCUUAUGCCCCACAUGUUGACCAUGUCGUUCUUGAUGUUGAAUGUAGACCUAACGUCGGUUGAGCGAUUUCCGUCAUUAUCUUGUCAGUCUGUUCACGACUACCCACCACUUUGCACUA